AUGUCCUCAGCAAUCGUGUGCGGCGCAACCGGCAUUCUCGGCCGAGAAAUCGUCUACCGCCUCGCCUUCAACCCUACAAAAUGGAAAACGAUCCACGCCCUCUCCCGCUCCAAAAAAGACGACUACCCCUCCAACGUAGUCCACAACCACAUCGACCUCCUCCACUCAGCCGAAGACAUGGCCAAAGACCUUGCCUCCGUCUCAGGCGAAUACGUCUUCUUCGCAGCCUACAUGCAAAAGGACAGCGAGGAAGAAAACUGGAAAGUCAACGGCGACAUGCUUGCCAACUUCCUCCGCGCGCUCACCCUCACCGGUGCCGCCAAAUCCAUCAAGCGGAUCCUCCUCGUCACGGGAUGCAAGCAGUACGGCGUCCACCUCGGCCGCGCCAAGAACCCGAUGAUGGAAUCUGAUCCCUGGCUUACAGACCAGAACAUCUACCCGCCCAACUUUUACUACAGACAGCAAGAUAUCCUCCAUGAUUUCUGCAAGGCUAACCCCCAUAUUGGAUGGAACGUCACUUACCCUAAUGACGUGAUCGGUUUUGCGAACGGGAACUUUAUGAACCUGGCUUCCGGACUGGGAAUUUACGCUGCUGUUUGCAAGGAGCAAGGGAGGAAACUGGCUUUUCCUGGGAAUGAGGGGUUUUACUUGGGUUUUGACUGCUACACUAGCUCCAAGCUCCACGCGGAAUUCUGCGAGUGGGUUGUGUGCGAGGACAAGACGAGGAAUGAGGCGUUUAAUGUGGUGAAUGGGGAUGUGCAGACUUGGGAGGAUAUGUGGCCCAGGCUGGCGAGGAGAUUUGGGAUGGAGGUUGAUCAGGGGCAGUUUCAACAAGAGGUUGGGGAACUGGCAGGGAAAUUUGAGAUGAAUGAGGCGCCGCCUAUUAAGGCUUGGGAGAAGGAGUUGGGGUUGGAGGGGAGGGUGAAGAGGAACAUGCUGAGUCAGAGGGUGAGUUUGGUCAAGUGGGCGGAGCAGGAGGAUGUCAAAAAGGCGUGGGAGAGGUUGGCGGAGAGGGAAGGGUUGCAGAAGGAUGGGUUAGAGAAGGGGACGUGGGCGUUUGUGGAUUUUGAGCUGGGGAGGGAUUUCGAUCUGGUGGUUAGUAUGAGUAAGGCCAGGGAGUUUGGGUGGACUGGAUAUCAAGAUACAUGGAAGGCAUUCUCGGAUGUGUUCGGUGAGCUUGAAGCUGCGAAGGUGCUGCCAAGGAGUCAUAAAUGAGAAUCCGGUACGCGAGGUGCUUACCAAGACGGGUGGUCAGGCAAACCUUAUUUAGGUCCUCUAUUUCAUCCGGAAAAUCUCCAUGGCACUCUAUGCUAUCAGACCAUCUGGUGUAGUAUAAUCCAUUACGGUCAGACAUAAGAAGGUCAAUUGAUAUUGAAUCAUCUACUACCUGCAUCUGAUUCAACCUCAGCCCGAUCUCUAGUGCAGAUUAGACCAAGAAAAGAGAUGAAGGUUCAUUGAAUAGACGAGACAUGCAGAAUCAUCUCAGUAAGCCCAACAGCAUCUGCAAUGGUAAAAUAUAUUGUACAUGGGGCGCAGGCUUACCUACCUGCUGGAGAUACCUUGGGUAUGGG